AUGGCCUUCUGGUUCCCCGCUCACCCUCCCUCCCUUCUGGCAUUCUGUGCCAUGGCCUUCUGCGUUCCGCUCACCCUCCUCCCUUCUGGCCUGAGCCUUCUGGUUCCCCGCUCACCCUCCCCCCUUCUGGUCCGAGCUGCUGUGAUGGAAUCCGGCCAACGACCACUGAUGCUGUCCAAGAUGGGACGACAGUCGGGAGAGCGAGGACCCAGGGUGUUCAUCCGACAGCUGGCAGGUCCCCACACCACGAGUUACAUCAGCCAACAGCCGGCGCAGAGAACCUUCAUGUUGUCCAGACCAGCUGCGUUACCAGGCCUGUCUGCCGACCUGUAUCAGCCCAGUCCUGCUUCAACCAUCGACUUUGACCACGACCCUGAGCAGUGUACAGGCCUGAACCAGCAGGGAUGUCGCUGCUCAGUGUUCCCCGACCUGAACGUGAUCACGUUUGAUGGUAACAGCGUGGCCAUCUACAAGGCUACCUCCUACAUUGUGACCCAGCUGCCCAGCGAGACCGUCAGCAUCGUGGUCCAGGAAUGCCCCGCUGACUCAGACACGCUGCUGUGGAAUUUCACCAACCUGUGUCUCGUGGUUUUGAACAUUACCCACAAGUCCAACCACCUGGUCAUCAACAGACUGCAGAGGAGGCUGUAUGUGAACUCGAGGUACGCCAAGCCGAGGUUCAAGAAGUUUGGCUUUGAGAUCCUGGACACCGGCAACAUGUAUCUGAUCCGGACACCAGCGGGCCUGAAGCUGCAGUGGUUCCACAGCACGGGCAUGUUGGUCAUCGAGACAGAGAGCUACAACAGCAAACUGCCCACCAUGGGCCUCUGUGGCUGCUGUGAUGGUAACCCGGCCAACGACCUGAUGCUGUACCAAUGGGCACGACAGUCGGGGAGAGCGAGGACCCAGCGGUGGUUCAUCGACAGCUGCCAGUCCUCAACACCAACGAGUUUACAUCAGCCACAGCCGGCGCAGAGAAGUCAACUGUUCCACCAGCGACUGUUCCCAGUGUAUGACCAUGCUCCGAAACACCUCCUUCAGCCCUGCCAUGCUUUUGUAUCCCAUGAGUACCCUCUCCAUCCCAAAGAGUACCCUCCAUCCCAAAUAGAGUACCCUCCCAUCCCAAAGAGUACUCCCACCAAAGAUACUCCCAUCCAAUAG